CCGCGGGGCGGAAGUGACGUCGCGCCGGGCCGGGGCUGAGCGGAAGCGGCGGCGGUAUGAACGCGCCACCGGCCUUCGAGUCCUUUCUGCUCUUCGAGGGGGAGAAGAAGAUCACCAUCAACAAGGACACGAAGGUGCCCAACGCCUGUCUCUUCACCAUCAACAAGGAGGACCACACGCUGGGCAACAUCAUCAAGUCGCAGUUACUGAAAGACCCGCAGGUGCUGUUUGCAGGAUACAAAGUACCACAUCCUCUUGAGCACAAAAUUAUCAUUCGAGUUCAAACUACUCCUGAUUAUAGUCCUCAGGAAGCUUUCACCAAUGCCAUCACAGACCUGAUCAGUGAACUUUCCCUUCUGGAGGAGAGGUUCAGGGUUGCCAUCAAAGACAAACAAGAAGGAAUUGAAUAAACAUGAAGCUUCAAGUGGA